GAUCAAAACUUAUUGAUAUGCUGAAUACCACGCAAUAUAUAUGGGUAUAUUCAUCCAACUAUAGACCAGUCUACACGGAGUACAAUGCGCAGUGCGCCAAAUAUAAGAAAUAUGAACUGAACAGAACAAAUUUAGCCCAGGGUCCUGAUUAUGACUACGAUUUCUUUUACGAGCGUGUGUCUGGAGGUAAAACGUAUGAAACUCGUUUUUCUUCACGGCUGUGGAUGAAUAACGAAACUGGCGAGGAAUACAUACAAGUAGACACAGACGAUGAUAUUGGAAGGGUCAGUAAGAAACUGGUGUACUGGAGUUACAAAUACAAAUGCGGAAUUUUUACCUUUAAGCCGGACACUAAAGUCAUGUGCGAGCUGCAUGUGUGGGAGGACCGUUUGAAGGAAUCGUAUGAAAAAUACGGAACUUAUAGUGGCUGCCAAGAGAAAUUUUCGGAAUACUGCACAACCCACGAGCGGUACCAGCUAUUUCACCGUGACUGCAAUGAUAUUCUUUUUCCUAAACAGUGGCGAUGGAAAGCGUAACUUCCUAUAUUGCAAUUAAACAAACGAAAUAAAGGAUCAA